AUGGAGCGCCGCGAGCGCACUUGUGUGGUAUGCGACGACACGAAGCACCAAGACGAAUUCCCCAGUACUGAGGAGGUAUCCUCGCACCGCCAUGGUGCAGAUGUUUGUCGCGACUGCUACAUCAAUCACAUCGAAGUCGAGAUCGACUCAAAGCAGUGGAAUGAGGUUGCAUGCCCCGAAUGCAUGACCACGCUGUCUUUCCAUGAGGUCAAGAGUUUGACAAAUGAUGAGAGCUUUGCCAAAUACGAGCGCGCCUGUGUCAGAGCAACACUAUCAGCAGAUCCAGACUUCAGACACUGUCUCUCUGCAACCUGCUCGUCUGGUCAACUGCACUCAGGAGGUUCUGGUGAGCCCAUCUUCCGCUGCGAAGAGUGCGGUUACAAGCACUGCGUUGUCUGCGAGACCAAUUGGCAUGAGGACCAGACAUGCGAAGAGUUCCAGGCCACACGUCAACUUUCACUGAACGCUGAAGACGAAAAGUCACAGCAAGAAGUCGAGAAGAUAUCCAAGCCGUGUCCUCAGUGUCAUGUUCGCAUCGAGAAGAUAGGUGGCUGCGACGGCAUGACUUGUCAGUGA